AUGUCGGCGGUACGGGUGAGCACCUUGCAGAUCCUGAGACCUAGAUCCACCAAGAUUAUCGUGGCCGUGGAGUGCCUCAAGGUGGAACAGAAGGCUUGCUCGGCAGACAAGGAUGGCAGCGUUGGAUACCACAACAAGGGCAGGAACAACUUUGGCACGAUGAAUGAUGGGGAUGACAGUAUCGGUAACUCAGACGUGGGCCACGCCAACUGGGGCAACAACAACAUUGGCAAGGGCAAUCGCUGCUUCAACAAGACUGGGAACCGGAAGGUCAUUAACGACUGCAGCCUGCUUGAGUUCCGUAAGCAUGCAUGGGUCCUCGAUUCCCCACUACCUCCCUCCAAAAAGGCCUGA